CCGAGCACAGAGCGGUUGCAUCUGAGAAAGUGAGUGAUGCUCAGACAGGAUCCAGACACUUAUGAAAAUAAAAUCACCCGUUGUGUCAUUCAGUCAUGGAAAAAAUAAGCUUUAAUCCUGAUAUGUAACUGGAUAUGGACGCUAUCGACUUCAGACCGCUGUAACUGUCGGCUUUGAAGUUUAUGGUGACUAGUUAAACGCAUGGAUUGUGUCUCCUCGGAUCGCCUUGAACCCAAACAUGAGUUUCACUAAAUGGAGGGUCUAAUGAUGGAGGAACGUAGUCCGGUCACCGCGUGCGUGCUGCUGAUGUUCGUCUCCAUGGUGAUCGCUGAUUCACCUGCUGCAGUCUGGCCUUUGGAGGCUCCAAACAUGCCAAAUGAGUCUUCGAUGGAAAUGCUGCAUAAUGCAUCCACGGCCUUGUCUGGAUUUUCUCUUUCACCUAGUUCAGAUUCAUCCAAAGCCACAGAGAAUUACAAUCACAAUUUCAACACUGGAUCAGUAUUCACUUACUCCCUGAACUCUGCCACAAUCCCAGAGCCUCUUGCCACACCUCCUUUACGUUCCUUAAAGUCUGGAGAGGCAGUUGGAUCUACCCACAGAGGUUCCUCCAGACAGCCUCGACAACUAAAUUCUCCAGUGCCUACAUUCCAUAAUGUGCCCUUAUCUUGGUCUGGUGUCAGCCCAGCUCCCCAAAUCUCACAGGCUACAGAUUCAUCUGUGCCUUCUAGCUUGCCUUCAGUUGGACAAAAUUCUUCUUUGAAAAUUCCUGAUGAAUAUCCCAUUCCUUCCCCUCAAACACAGUAUGGGACAGUGGGAGCCAGUGACACUAAUGUUCCUUUUGGAGAUCAGUUGGAACCAUCCAGCAGAAUCCAAGACCUUCAGUUACAAGCCAGCCAUGACCCAAACAUCCAACCAGGCUAUCAGCAGUUAGAGCCAAGUAAUGUGGUUUUCAUAUAUACAAUGACUUCAGCAUCUGUCGAGCAAACUAUGGGUCCACCCGAAGACUUUUUCCCAACCAACACCAUGGAUGUGGACUAUGGUUCUGGAGAUUACCUAGAAACAAUGUCCUUCAUGGGAUCUGAAGGUAACGACUACUCGCUGGUUAGCAAUCUCCCAUCUGAUGUGUAUGACUUUGAGGACUCAAACUCUGAGACCUAUGACACUACGUUCCCCACAAGAGUGGUGAUGUCAUUUUCCAGCAAACAAUUGUAUCCCUCCUCUACCAGUGUUACUAGUUCUUUCUCCAGCAAACUUGUUGAAAGUUCCAGUUUUCAUAGCAAUUCAACAUCUGAUGGAGCCAACACUGACUUAACCAAACACAUAACAACCUUUCAGAGUUUUACAAACGUUGUGCCCUUUACCAUGUCAAGGCCUCCAGUUUUUACCAGUGUUUUGACAUCGGACCUUGGCCACACCAUUUCUUCAUCUCUUUUAACCAUCCAACCAACCAGAGUCCAUUCUCUACCUAUUGUCCCGACAACUUCAGAUGUCUUAAACCAGAACCAGUCUGUCAACGAGAGCUCAGAGUUGGCAUCUGACUGGGCAGGCGCUGUUACCGUACAACCCACUGAUGUUCUUUUACCAGACAUGAACAGUUUAGAAUACUACACUAUCCAGUUGACCAAGGACAAUGGUAGCUUGCCAGAGCACACUGCCAAUCAGACGCCCUCUAGUGUUUUUUCUUUCGUUCCGGUGGGCACCACAAAUAUUGUGAGCACUAGAACCUACACCAUUGACCCAAGUUACAUGCUAACAGCUUUGUUUGAUGAAGAUCUACAGCCUGCAGGUAACAGUUCCUGGACUGAGGAAUCGUCAACGGAUAUCUCUGGAUUUGAGCCUUUUAACACCACUAUCCUGGAUCCCUCUGAAGUUUUACCGGAUACUACAGUGCCAUAUUUGGAGCCGUCAUUCACACUGACACCCUCAAUAGACCCUUCAACUUCAUUAGAAGAUAUAAACUCAACCACUGAUUGGGCUACCACACCUUUUAUAGCAUACAACACUUCCUUACUGGUGACUAACCCACCUCCAGUGACUAAAGAACCAGAUGGCAUGUCUUCUGUUAAUGACAGCCAAUGGAUUAUCACCUCACUCCCAACAGAGACCCUCUUUCCUAGUAGUGUACUUCCCACUGUUUUAGUAACCACCUCUAUCAGUGUUUCUGAAUUAUCAACUGGCUCAACCUUCAACGUCACCUCCUCCCCUCCUUCAACCGAGAUGGCUGACGAAGGAUUUGUGUCUGGAACACCAUCUGACACCAUGGUUACUGAUAGCGAUAACACCACACCUAUCAGUAGCCUUACAACCACGUCCUCUCCGGAAUUACCUUAUGACACCGCUGUCACAUCUUUUACUAUCACAAGCUCCAACAACACAAUGGUGACUACUGUGAAAGACACAUCAGGUACAACCCUAAAUACAACCCCUCCAACAACCACUGCCCGGAAGUAUCUCUGCAACAUCACUAAACCUGACACCUACUUGAUCAGAGUUGGGUUUCCUCCGGGGUCCACUGUUGGAUAUGCUAAAGCCAAAGUCAGAGAGAUUCUCAAAGCAGAGUACAACCGCUCAGUGGAGCUACAGGUAGUAAAAGCUCCACCAGAUUUUGUGUUUCGUGCUGUGUCUGGUACAGUGGUUUACACUGCCAUAUCAGUCAUCAAUGCCUUGAGAAUCUCUGCUCGGACCACCAGCUCCUUUAUGAGCGUGUCACCGAUCAGUCCUGUACCAGGCCUGCAGUACCAUGUACACACAGUACUUCAGUUUGUACCCAGCCACAUAGAUGUGCGUAUGUGUACCUUCAGUGAGCAGACAGAGAAGGGUCUGAUCACAGCCUUAGCUGAAGUCCGCCGACGCUCACAGGAGUCCACAAACUUCACCGUAAAUAUUUUAAACAUCACACUGAGUCCUGUGGGCAUGGCGGCACAACAGCAGAAGGUUCCAGUGGAGAUCACCUUUGCGGUGCGUGAUAUCCGUGGGUAUGUGCCAGGGACAGAGGUGAGCGCUCUGCUUCGACAACUUAACAUGGUUGAGUACAGCUACUACCUGGGCUUCCCUGUACGCCAGAUUGCAGAACCUUUCCACUACCCUGAGCUGAACACAACCCAACUGCUGCGUUCUUCAUGGGUUAGAACAGUGUUGUUGGGAGUGUUGGACCACCGCGCGAGUGACAAGAUCUUCCAGGCUACGAUUGAGAGGAGACUGGCUCUGUUGCUGGGCGAUGCAUUGGGCACAGGGCGUCGCUUUAAGAGAGCAACAAGUGUGGGAAACAACAGUGUGCAGAUUGUACAGACCACUCGUCUUGUGGGCCCUGACAACCCUCUAGAAAUUAUCUACUUUGUGGAAGGAGCAAACGGACAGAGACUUCCCGCCGCAACCACAGCAAACAUGCUCAACAGUCUUGACGUACAGCAUGCAGCGAUCAUCAUGGGAUACCGCAUCCAGGGAAUAUUAGCACAGCCUGUGGAGAAACAGGCCUCACCUCCCUCAGACACAGAGAAGACCAACACGUGGAUAAUCGUAGGGGUGGUUGUCCCCGUGGUGGUGGUCGUCAUUAUAAUAACUAUCCUGUACUGGAAACUCUGCCGUACUGACAAACUGGAAUUCCAGCCAGACACCAUGAGCACCAUCCAGCAAAGACAGAAGCUGCAGGCACUCAGCGUGAAGGGUUUUGACUUUGCCAAGCUGCACAUGGGCCAGCACAGUAAGGAUGAUCUCAUGGUCAUCCAGGAGCCGUUGCCACUUCCUGUGCCCACUAAGGAGCAAGGCCAAGCUGAGAAUGCGGAGGUGCCCACACCAAAGUCCAAAGACUCCUCCAAAGCUUCCCGCAAUGGCCAGCGGCGCAGGGGCCAGAUUUCUCCAUCUGAGGGCGACUCCAUAGGCAGUGAUCCACCCAGCGAGAGAGGAUCACCUGAGGAGGGCAUGAGACCUGCUGGUCUGCCCACCGAUCCAAAGCAAUCACGUAAAGUAGCUGUUAAUGGAUUAAAUGGUCCACCCCCAAUGAACGGCAUGGAUGAGCCAUUAUCUUCAGCUUCCAUUUUUGAGCAUGUGGACCGAAUGUCCCGCCCAACUGACGGCCCCAAACGCCUCCCUAAUAAAAUUCAGCUCAUCGCCAUGCAGCCGAUGCCAGCCCUGCCCCUGCCCAGCCCAACCGCCAAUGACAGAGCUGCAGAGAACACCAAGCUGAACAAAGAGAUCCAGGUAGCUUUAAGGCACAAGUCUGAGAUCGAGCACCAUCGCAAUAAGAUCCGCCUGAGGGCCAAAAGGAAAGGCCAUUACGACUUCCCUGCUAUGGAUGAUCUCAUUGACGGUCUUGGCGACCCCAAAGAGCAGGACCGAAUCUACCAGAAGGCCCAGAUGCAGAUUGACAAGAUACUUGAUCCAGAUAUUCCCAUGCCCUCUCUGUACACCGAGCCCAAGAAAGGCAACCGAGGGAAGCGUUCUCCUAAACAGAGAAGGAAACAGCAGAUGAACGGUGAUCUGACAGAUGCUGACCGAGAUAGACUCAUAACUACAGACAGCGAUGGGACAUACAGGAAAUACCCAGGAGUCAAUAACAUAGCAUAUGUGUCGGACCCAGACCAGGGGCCAGAGCAUCAUACCCCGUCUCCGACAGAUGACGUGUUCCAUGGUCCCAUUUCUCCUCCUCCUGGUCACCCUCCUCCGCCACCCCCCUAUCUGCCCCCUCAGCCGUCUAUAGAGGAGGCCCGGCAGCAAAUGCACUCUUUACUGGAUGAUGCCUUCGCCCUUGUGUCUCCUUCAUCUCAGGGCAGCACAGCUGGCAUCACUCUGCCUGGGGUUGGUCUUAACCCCGGACCCCCGCCUCCCUUAAGCCCGCCAUCCCGUGGUCCGCGGCCCUGGGGCCCAGGAUACCUGCCCUUGAAUCCCUACACUGGGAGAUAUGCUGAAUUAGGUCUGCCUCCUUCCAGUGUGCAAGGUUUACUACAUAGACAGGGUUUGGGGUCCGGCUAUAUCCCAUCAGGAGAAGCCCUGCCUGUUGAACAGCUACAGCCAGAGUCACUUUACACUGGUCGAGGUAGACUCACAGAUGAUCUGCCCUCUUCCGCCAGGCCACGACCUGUAGGUGGCACUACAGGUGCCCAGCUACAUCAUUUAUCCCACGUUGGCCUGACAGGUCGUGUAGGUGACAGCCGGCAGCCUGGUGGGUUAAACUGGAGCCCAUAUCAUGAGGACGACAGCAAGCUUGCUAACAACAGAGAGUCUGUUCUUGGCUCUCUUGACUACACCUCCAUCUCUGUAUUCCAGACCUCCAGGAAUGGCCUGAAGGAGCCAUCUGCCGCUCCUACCCACCUGGACUCUCUCGGCCUGGGCUACGCUCCCUCCGCUCCCCUUGAGGAACCUUCCCCUCCCAACCACUCGUCUGCCUCCCUCAUCAAAGCCAUCCGAGAGGAACUGAUGCGCCUCUCCCAGAAACAGGCGGCAGUACCCAGCUACCACAGCUGAGACCUGCCCCCUCUAACUCCAUCAGGCAAAAACUGCACUACACUGCAAUGUACUUCCCAUGGAAGUGGCUUUUCUUGAGAGGACAAUGACUGUACGUCAUGUAGCCUCUGCUGCCGCCUGGUGGCAGAGAGCGUUAGGACAGGAAGAGUAGACAUUUCUCCUUUAUUCCCAUGUUCCUCUCCAGUUUUCCCGACAACUUAGUUGUUCAAAACAAAAGCAGUGUCCUGAGACUGAAGAACAGUGUUUUUUACCUUCUUUACAGUCAUUUGGUAGCAACUGCUCUGUAAAGACCAGGAUAUUGAAGCUAAAAUCUUCCUUUGGUCUUCUGUUAGAGGUGUGCGUGUGUGUUUAUUUUCACAUUGUGUUGUUUCUUUGCUGUGUUCACUGCCUUCACAUUUGAAUUUCAUACUUGCACUGGCUCUUGUAGAUUCUCAUCACUGAAAAUUGAACUGCUAUUGAUACCUUAAACAAAUCUCUAUAGUUUUUUUUUUUUUUUUUAGUUUUUUUAUGUUAUGUUAUGUUUUAUUUCUUAAUGCAUUUUCUGCCUGUCCUCUUGUGGUGCUGAUUCUUUUAUCUUGGUUUAAUGGCCAUAAAGCACACAUUGCAUUCAUAAUACAGUAUUGAACCCUACACGUAUUGUCUUAAUUACACUGUAGGGUCCAGUUGUAGUAUUUGAAGUAGUGACGUUUUCCAUCUCCAUAUGCCUUGAUUAUAUUUGGCAUCUGCGGAAGAGCUGGACAUAUAGCUUUUGUUAUGUCCAGUGCAUUGGAGGAAACUGUGUUAAAAUUAAAGAAAUGUUUCAGGUUCAACUUGACAGACUGUAAACAAAUAAAAAAGUCAUUUUCAGUAAUGUACUUAAAGGAUUAGUUCAUUUCAGAAUUAAAAUUUCCUGAUAAUUUUCUCACCCUGCCCCAUGUCGUCCAAGAUGUUUAUGCCUUUCUUUCUUCAGUCGAAAAGAAAUUAUGGUUUUUGAGGAAAACAUUCCAGGAUUUUUCUCCAUAUAAUGGACUUCAAUAGUUGCCAAUGGGUUGAAGGUCCAAACUGCAGUUUCACUGCAGCUUCAAAGGGCUCUAAAUGAUCCCAGCCGAGGAAUGGGUCAUUUUUUUUUAAAUAAAUAAAAAAAUAUAUACUUUUUAACCACAAAUGCUCGUCUUGCACUAGCUCUGCGAUGCGCCACACAUUACGUAAUCACAUUGGAAAGGUCACGCGGAAGAACCGAGCAAGUGUUUACAAAGUGAACAUGCAAAGACUAAGUCAAACGGCCUUUACAAAAAAAGGUAAAACAACGAUGUCAGACGAUUUUGAAGUUGGAGGGGAAAAUGAGAUGGAGUUUUUCGCCCUACUGCGGUACUUCCGCCCAAGUCACAUGUGACCUUUCCAACGUGAUUACGUAAUGCGUGGAACAUCGCAGAGCUAAUGCAAGACAAGCAUUUGUGGUUAAAAAGUAUAUAAUUUUUUUUUUUUUUUUUUUUUGUCUAGAAAAUGACUGAUCCUUUCGCUAGAUAAGACCCUUAUUCUUCGUCUGGGAUCGAGUAGAGCCCUUUGAAGCUGCACUGAAACUGCAAUUUGGUCCUUCAACUGUUGAAGUCCGCUAUAUGGAGAAAAAUCCUGGAAUGUUUUCCUCAAAAACCUUAAUUUCUUUACAACUGAAGAAAGAAAGAAAUAAACAUCUUGGAUGAUAUGAACAGAAAUUUCAAAAGAAGUUCAAGAGAACUUACUGACCCCAAACUUUUGAAUGGUAGUGUAUUUCAAUAUACAGGGUAGAAACUAAGAAUAAUUUGUACUCUAUUCACCUCUAUAAAGCCCUGUCCAAUUGUAAGUGCAUUACUGUGAACAUGUUUAUGUUUUACAAACUAUCUGUGGCAAUCAACAGUACAUCACAGAUGCUGGAGGACAUCUGCAUAUUGAGCUUAUCUCAUUUUGAUCCUGGAACAUUCCUUAAACUGUCUAUCUGUUUCUCGAAACUAAAUUGGUCAGAGUACUUUCAGUAUUACCACUGUUUAAAUUGUAUUGCCGUUUGAAUUCUUUAAACUCAAAGUAUUGAUUAAGGUCAGGAUUAUGUAUAAAGUUAAUUUCUGGCUCCUUUCCCCAAGUGUAUUCUGUGGCCAUGAAGUGCUCAUCAUUUCAUAGCGGAAAUUGUUUAUUAUUAUAAUUAUUGUUCCAGGAUGCACUAUUGCUCAUUAAACUGCUGUUGAUCAAAUGGGUACAGUAUAUUCCUCUGUGACUUCACGCUUUUAAUGUGUUAGGAAAGCAGAAAACUAGUAUUAGACUCACUAAAACACUGAUCCCUUGGCAAUUUGUACUUCAUUUCAUGCUAAAAUUGUGUUCUUGCCUUUGUGCUAAACUAUUUUUGUGUUAAUGUUGCAAACAGGAGCAUCAUUUGCUCUAAGAAAAAGGACAAUUCUGUUACUUUGUCACUUGAUCUGCCCUUGUUUAUUUGUUGGAAUGAUUUUUUAUUAUUAUUUCAAUUUUGUUAAGUUUGACUGGUUGGAACUUCCUUGACAUGUAGUUACAAAUCUGCUGAUUAUUUAACUGACAAUUAAAAAUUACUACCAUA